UUUUUUUAAAAUACAUUAUCUGUAAAAUGGAGAACGAGAUUUUUACCCCCCUUCUGGAGCAGUUCAUGACCAGCCCCCUGGUCACUUGGGUGAAAACGUUUGGACCUCUGGCCGCGGGAAAUGGGACCAACCUGGAUGAGUAUGUGGCUCUGGUCGAUGGUGUCUUCUUGAACCAGGUCAUGCUUCAAAUUAAUCCUAAAUCGGAGAGUCAGAGAGUAAAUAAAAAAGUCAACAAUGAUGCCUCACUCAGAAUUCAUAAUCUAUCCAUUUUGGUGAGACAGAUAAAAUUUUAUUAUCAGGAGACUUUGCAGCAGUUGAUCAUGAUGUCAUUGCCGAAUGUCUUAAUUAUUGGCAAAAAUCCCUUUUCUGAACAAGGCACAGAAGAAGUUAAAAAGUUGCUUUUACUUUUACUGGGUUGUGCAGUUCAGUGUCAGAAAAAAGAAGAAUUUAUUGAAAGAAUUCAAGGUUUAGAUUUUGAUACAAAAGCAGCUGUUGCCGCACAUAUUCAAGAGGUAACUCAUAAUCAGGAAAAUGUAUUUGAUCUACAAUGGAUGGAAGUAACUGAUAUGUCUCAAGAGGAUAUUGAACCACUUUUGAAAAAUAUGGCAUUGCAUCUAAAAAGACUUAUAGAUGAAAGAGAUGAACAUUCAGAGACUAUCAUAGAACUCUCUGAAGAGCGGGAUGGUCUUCAUUUUCUACCCCAUGGUUCUUCAUCUGCACAAUCACCAUGUGGUUCUCCAGGCAUGAAGCGAACAGAAAGUCGACAGCAUCUGUCAGUAGAAUUGGCAGAUGCUAAGGCCAAGAUAAGAAGGCUUAGGCAGGAAUUGGAAGAAAAAACUGAACAGUUAUUGGACUGUAAACAAGAACUUGAGCAAAUGGAAAUAGAACUGAAAAGGCUGCAACAAGAGAACAUGAAUUUGCUUUCGGAUGCCAGAUCUGCAAGAAUGUACCGAGAUGAAUUAGAUGCACUUCGAGAGAAGGCCGUCAGAGUUGAUAAGCUUGAAAGUGAAGUCAGCAGAUAUAAAGAGAGACUGCAUGAUAUUGAAUUUUAUAAGGCAAGAGUUGAGGAAUUAAAAGAAGACAAUCAAGUUUUAUUAGAAACAAAAACCAUGCUGGAAGAUCAGUUAGAUGGAACUCGAGCCCGUUCUGAUAAAUUGCACGAAUUAGAAAAAGAGAAUUUACAACUAAAGGCUAAACUGCAUGAUAUGGAGAUGGAACGUGAUAUGGAUAGGAAAAAGAUUGAAGAAUUAAUGGAAGAAAACAUGACUUUGGAAAUGGCACAGAAGCAAAGUAUGGAUGAAUCAUUACAUCUUGGCUGGGAGCUGGAACAGAUAUCCAGAACUAGUGAACUUUCUGAAGCACCACAGAAAUCUUUGGGCCAUGAGGUAAAUGAGCUGACAUCAAGUAGAUUAUUGAAGUUAGAGAUGGAAAACCAGAGUUUGACUAAAACUGUAGAAGAGCUUCGGAGUACUAUGGAUUCUACAGGAGGCAAUACUUCCAAAAUCCUGAAAAUUGAAAAAGAAAAUCAAAGACUAAAUAAAAAGGUUGAAAUUCUUGAAAAUGAAAUUAUUCAAGAAAAGCAAAGUCUUCAGAAUUGUCAGAACUUAAGCAAGGAUCUAAUGAAGGAGAAAGCUCAGCUUGAAAAAACAAUCGAAACUCUUAGAGAAAAUUCAGAGAGACAGAUUAAAAUAUUGGAACAGGAAAAUGAGCAUCUGAAUCAAACUGUGUCUUCUUUGAGGCAGCGCUCCCAGAUAAGUGCUGAAGCAAGGGUGAAGGACAUUGAAAAAGAAAAUAAAAUUCUCCACGAAUCUAUCAAAGAAACAAGCAGCAAGCUAAGCAAAAUUGAAUUUGAAAAAAGACAAAUUAGAAAAGAAUUAGAACAUUAUAAAGAGAAAGGAGAACGAGCAGAAGAACUUGAAAAUGAAUUGCAUCAUCUUGAAAAGGAAAAUGAAUUGUUACAGAAAAAGAUAACCAAUUUAAAAAUUACUUGUGAAAAAGUUGAGUCCUUAGAACAAGAAAAUUCAGAGCUAGAAAGAGAAAAUAGGAAAUUGAAAAAAACUUUGGAUGGUUUUAAAAACCUUACUUUUCAGCUAGAAUCUCUCGAAAAAGAGAAUUCCCAGCUAGAUGAGGAAAACUUAGAACUGCGAAGGAAUGUGGAAUCUUUGAAAUGUGCAAGCAUGAAAAUGGCUCAGCUACAACUAGAAAACAAAGAGUUGGAAAGUGAAAAAGAGCAACUGAAAAAGGGUUUAGAACUCAUGAAAGCAUCUUUCAAGAAAACAGAACGUUUAGAAGUUAGUUACCAGGGUUUAGAUACAGAGAACCAAAGAUUACAGAAAGCGCUAGAAAAUAGCAAUAAAAAAAUUCAACAAUUAGAGAGUGAGCUACAAGACUUAGAGAUGGAAAAUCAAACAUUGCAGAAAAAUUUAGAAGAGUUAAAAAUAUCUAGCAAAAGAUUAGAACAGCUGGAGAAAGAGAAUAAAUCAUUAGAGCAAGAGACUUCUCAACUGGAAAAAGAUAAAAAGCAACUGGAGAAGGAAAACAAGAGACUCCGACAACAAGCAGAAAUAAAAGAUACCACAUUAGAAGAAAAUAAUGUGAAAAUUGGAAAUUUGGAAAAAGAAAACAAAACCUUAAUCAAGGAGAUUUGUAUUUAUAAAGAAUCCUGCAUCCGUCUGAAAGAGUUGGAGAAAGAAAAUAAGGAGCUUGUAAAGAGAGCAACUAUUGAUGUAAAAACUUUGGUCACAUUACGUGAGGACUUGGUGAAUGAAAAAUUGAAGACACAACAAAUGAAUAAUGAUCUAGAAAAAUUAACUCAUGAACUUGAAAAGAUAGGAUUAGAUAAAGAACGACUCUUACAAGACGAGCAAAAUACUGAUGACAGAUACAAACUUUUGGAAUCAAAAUUAGAAUCCACUCUAAAGAAAUCCCUUGAAAUAAAAGAAGAAAAAAUUGCUGCCUUAGAAGCUCGAUUAGAAGAAUCCACAAAUUAUAACCAACAAUUACGCCAGGAACUUAAAACGGUGAAAAAGAAUUAUGAAGCUCUGAAACAGAGACAAGAUGAGGAAAGAACAGUGCAGAGCUCUCCUCCAACAUCUGGUGAAGAUAACAAAUGGGAGCGAGAAAGUCAGGAAACAACUAGAGAACUUUUGAAAGUUAAAGACAGAUUAAUUGAAGUAGAAAGAAAUAAUGCUACACUGCAAGCAGAAAAGCAGGCAUUGAAAACUCAACUGAAGCAACUGGAAACACAGAACAAUAAUUUGCAGGCACAGAUUCUUGCACUGCAGAGGCAAACAGUAUCGUUACAGGAACAGAAUACUACUCUUCAGACACAGAAUGCGAAGCUUCAGGUUGAAAAUUCCACCCUGAACUCUCAAAGUACCUCACUUAUGAACCAGAAUGCACAACUGCUAAUCCAGCAGUCAGCCUUAGAAAAUGAAAAUGAAUCUGUAAUCAAAGAAAGAGAAGACCUGAAAUCACUCUAUGAUUCUUUGGUCAAAGAUCAUGAAAAACUGGAACUUCUUCAUGAACGGCAGGCUUCAGAAUAUGAAUCUCUUAUUGCCAAACAUGGAACACUAAAAUCUGCACACAAAAAUCUUGAGGUGGAACAUAAAGACCUUGAAGAUCGGUAUAAUCAGUUAUUAAAACAGAAAGGACAGUUGGAUGAUUUGGAAAAAACAUUGAAAGUAGAACAGGAGAAGAUGUUGCUUGAAAACAAAAACCAUGAGACUAUAGCUGCAGAGUACAAGAAACUUUGUGGUGAAAAUGAUAGGUUGAAUCAUAUAUAUAAUCAGCUUCUAAAAGACUCUGAAGUUUUACAAGCAGAUCAUAAAAACUUAAAAAGUCUUUUAAAUAAUUCCAAACUGGAACAAACAAGAUUAGAAGCUGAAUUUUCUAAGUUAAAGGAACAAUACCAGCAGUUGGAUAUCACAUCAACCAAAUUGAAUAACCAGUGUGAGUUGCUAAGCCAGCUAAAAGGAAAUUUAGAAGAAGAAAAUCGACAUCUGCUAGAUCAAAUUCAGACAUUAAUGCUACAGAACAGAACACUAUUGGAGCAGAAUAUGGAAAGCAAGGACCUUUUUCAUGUUGAACAAAGACAAUACAUUGAUAAGUUAAAUGAAUUAAGACGACAAAAGGAAAAACUCGAAGAAAAAAUUAUGGAUCAAUACAAAUUUUAUGACCCAUCUCCUCCUCGAAGGAGAGGCAACUGGAUUACUCUGAAAAUGAGAAAAUUGAUAAAAUCUAAGAAAGAUAUUAAUCGAGAACGUCAAAAAUCUCUAACAUUAACUCCUACCCGCUCAGACUCCGGUGAAGGAUUUCUUCAGCUACCUCAUCAAGAUAGUCAGGAUAGUUCUUCAGUAGGUUCAAACUCUUUAGAAGACGGCCAAAAUUUGGGAACCAAGAAAAGCAGCAUGGUUGCACUGAAAAGACUGCCCUUUUUGAGGAACAGACCGAAGGAUAAAGACAAAAUGAAGGCCUGCUAUCGUCGUUCCAUGUCCAUGAAUGACCUGAUGCAGUCCAUGGUCCUAGCAGGAGGACAGUGGACAGGUAGUACUGAGAAUUUGGAGGUUCCUGAUGAUAUUUCAACUGGUAAAAGGAGGAAAGAAUUGGGAGCUAUGGCCUUCUCUACUACAGCCAUCAACUUUUCAACUGUCAACUCUUCUACAGGCUUCAGAUCCAAGCAGUUGGUUAAUAAUAAAGAUACUACAUCUUUUGAAGAUAUAAGUCCACAAGGUAUUAGUGAUGAUUCUAGUACGGGAUCAAGAGUUCACGCUUCAAGACCAGCCAGCCUUGAUAGUGGCAGAACAUCCACUAGCAAUAGCAAUAAUAAUGCUUCACUCCAUGAAGUCAAAGCAGGUGCUGUUAAUAUUCAAAGCAGACCACAAAGCCACAGCAGUGGAGAAUUUAGUCUGCUUCAUGAUUAUGAGGCUUGGUCCAGCAGUGGUAGCAGUCCAAUUCAGUACUUGAAAAGACAAACCAGAUCAAGCCCAGUGCUUCAGCACAAAAUGCCUGAAACAUUAGAGAGUCGAACAUAUCACAAGAUAAAAACUGGGUCCCCUGGAAGUGAAGUUGUAACUCUCCAACAGUUUUUGGAAGAAAGCAGCAAGCUUACCUCAAUACAGAUAAAAUCCUCAAGUCAAGAGAAUCUUUUAGAUGAAGUAAUGAAAAGUUUAUCUGUCUCCUCUGACUUUUUGGGAAAAAAUAAGCCAGUUAGCUGUGGCCUGGCUAGGUCAGUAAGUGGAAAAGCCCCAGGAGACUUCUGUGAUAGACGGACAACUAAACCUGAACAAUUUGUGAGACAUGAUCCUCGAAAGACUGAGGAUACUUCCUUCAGUAGUUCUCCAGGGAAACCUACUCAAGGAAAGAGAAAAUUAGUAAAAGAAACUUCUUUGUCAAGACAAUCAAAAGAUAGUAAUCCUUAUGCCACUUUACCUCGUGCAAGCAGUGUGAUCUCUACUGCUGAAGGAACUACCCGGAGGACAAGCAUCCAUGAUUUUUUGACCAAGGACAGUAGAUUACCUGUAUCAGUUGAUUCGCCACCAGCUACUGUUGAUAGCAACAUCACUGCAGCAUCUAAUAUGGACAAAGUACAAGAAAGCAGAAAUUCAAAAAGCAGGUCUAGGGAGCAACAAAGCUCCUAAUUCUUUUACCCACUACAUGACAUGUGGGCAAGUGAGAGAAAAGUGUCCUUCAGUUUCUCAGUAUGAAGCCUUUAUUUCUGAAGUAACAAGACACUCAACUAUAGGAAACAUUUAAAAAAUAUCUUUAAGGAGACUUUAAACAAUCCUUCGUGACUAGAGCAGGCAAGAAAUACAAAUCUUCCUUCCUUGAAUCAAGGAGCACUACUGGAGUCAACUGCCAAAAUUGUUAGGUUUUAGGACUUAUUAUACAUUGUACUGUUAAAAUCUGAUGAAUAAAGGAUAUUCUCUCACUAAGGACCAAGUAUUGGAAGGUUUCAAGAAAGACUCCAAGAACAAUCUACUUCUUUGAUCAUUUGUUUAUGAAUAUUUCCAUGUUUGCUUAAUGCUUCUGCUAAGUAGUAGCCAAAAUCUAGCCAUUUAUAUUUAGUUGUGUAAAUCUAAUUAAAUGCUGUAGUAUGUUGUGGAAUGUACUAUAUAUUAAGAUACAGAGUACGUUGUUUUGGCAUGUCAGAGCCUUAUUUGGCUAGCCGACUGCAUGUGUGUGUGGGUGUGGGUAUGGGUAUGGGUAUGUGUGUGUGUGUCCAUUUACUUUU